GCGCGCACUGGCAAGAGCCUCAACAACACGUCGCGCCCAACAGUCAUCUGAGUGCCUGCUUCGAGCACGGUGGGCGCGAUGCCUGUACAACUGCUCCCAGCCAUGUCCAUGUGCCCCUCCGCGCCGGCUUCGGCGGUCCGCAGACCCCUUCAGUGCAAUAUAUACCACCCACCCCCACGCAGUGGCUUCCGUUAAGACCUGGACCACUCCCUGGUACCACGGCCGCCAUGCGUUUCAACGACGGUUUCUGGCUCCUGAAGAAUGGGGUGAGGGGACACUACGGCCUCCAGGUCGUCCAGGCACUACCGGAAGGCGAUGGCUACAACCUUCAGGUGGCGACUAAGCCAAUUCGUCACCGAGGAGACACUCUCGCAGGACCGCUCUUGAGUGUUCGGGUACACUCACCUAGCGAAGGCGUGAUAGGAGUCAAGAUCGACCACUUCAGACAUGUCGACCCUAAGCCAAACUUCCAGCUCUUCCCCGACGAUCCGCCCAUUCCGGCUGCCACGCUCGCUGACGGUGUGGGUUCCUGGACAGUCACGAGCGGCGGCCUCACCGCAGAAGUCACGGAGAAUCCGUAUACGAUAACCUUCCGUUCUCCCCAGCGCACCCUGACGACGUCGGGAGUGAAGUAUCAAGCGAUCUACGACGUUCCGUACAAGUGGACUCUGCGCAGUGCGGCCAACGGAUCGUGCCUUGCGACCGACUUCAGUUCGAACCCUCACCCCGAGCAACCUCCAGACAGUGUCCGCUACACGAGCUCGGAGCUCAACCUUUCUCCUGGUGAGCUGAUUUACGGCCUCGGGGAGCAGUUCGGUGCUUUCAUCAAGAAUGGUCAGUCAGUCAGCAUCUGGAAUCAAGAUGGAGGAACAUCCAGCGAACAGGCAUACAAAUGCGUGCCGUUCUACAUUACCAAUCGCAACUACGGCGUUUUUAUCAAUCAUCCGGGCGAAGUGGAAGUUGAAGUAGGCAGCGAGAAAGUCAGCCGGGUCGGAGUCAGCGUCGCCGGCGAGAGCCUUGAAUACUUCAUCAUCUACGGCGCCACACCUCUGGAAGUGAGCCUGCCCCCCAGGUUGCUGCCCGCGUGGACAUUCGGGCUCUGGCUGUCGACGUCCUUCCUCACCUCGUACGACGAGAAGACCGUCUCUGGAUUCUUGCAGGGCAUGCAGGACCGCAACUGUCCCGUCCGCGUGUUCCACCUAGACUGCUUCUGGAUGAAGCAAUACGAGUGGUGCUCCUUCACGUUCGACCCGGACAACUUCCCGAACCCGAAGGCGUACCUGGCUGAGAUCAAGCAAAAAUACGGCGUCAAGAUCUGCGUAUGGAGUAUCAACCCAUACAUUUCUCAGUUGUCGCCAAUAUUCCAGGAGGCGCUGAGGGAAGGCUACCUGAUUAAACGCACGGACGGCACGCCAUGGCAGUGGGAUCUGUGGCAGCCAGGACUGGGUGUCGUGGACGUGACGAACCCAGCAGCACGGCAAUGGUACCAAAACAAGCUGGACGCCUUGAUUGACCUCGGCGUGGACACCCUCAAGACGGACUUCGGCGAGCGGAUCCCACACGCGCAAGUAGUCUUCCAUGAUGGCUCCGACCCAAUGCGGAUGCACAACGCGUUCUCGGUUAUCUACAACGAGAUGGUGUUCGGCGUGCUGGAGCGCCGAUUUGGCAAGGGUGAAGCGGUCGUAUUUGCUCGUGCCGCCAGCGCGGGUGGUCAGAGGUACCACUGGGGAGGGGAUUGCGAGUCUACGUUCGAAGCCAUGGCUGAGUCCCUCCGCGGCGCCCUGAGCUUGACAGCGUCGGGCUUCGCCUUCGCAUCGCACGACAUUGGAGGAUUUGAGGGACAUCCUCCGCCAGAGAUUUACCAACGAUGGGUCGCGUAUGGACUGUUCUCCUCCCACUCUCGGCUCCACGGUUCAAUGUCCUACCGGGUACCAUGGCACUACGGCGAAGAGACCGCAGCAUACAUGGCGCGUUUCCUUGACGCGAAACACCGGCUCAUGCCGUACUUGUACAACCUCGCUCUGACGGCGCUUCUGGCUGACCGGACUACUCACCACCUGGACCGCCAAUACAUGCUCGGGCCCUCCUUGCUCGUCGCACCCGUCUUCGUCCCGGAGGGUGAGAAUACGGAGUACUACAUCCCCGCGGGGCGCUGGACAUCGUUCUUCCACCCUACCCGCACAAUCGACGGCCCUCAGUGGGUGCAGGAGGUCGUCCCGCUCAACGAGAUACCGGUUUAUGUCCGGCCGGGAACCUUGCUGUGCCUCGGGCCAAAAGGCAUCGGUCGACCAGACUACGAGUACUCCAAAGACGUGGAGGUGCAAGUAUACGAGUUGGCUGACGGCCAGAUCGUCCAGGCUGAUGUACCCGUUGGAAACGGGGCAGCUGUGGCCGGGACGGUGCGGGCAGAAAAGAGAGGCGGAGAAGUGACCGUGAAUGUCGUUGCUGGGAGUGUGGAGCUGACAUCCGCGAAGCUGUUUGUGGGAGGGCAUGAAGUCGCGGCGAGUGUGAGCAAAGGUCAGACAGAGGUCUCUCUGAAGUUCUGAAAAGAAGUGAGCAAAAGUGUAAAUACGACAUACCCUGUAAGAUAGCACAUGUCAAGAGCAAUGGGUUCGUUCGUCGCAUGAAUAUUGUAAGAUUCCCUGAACACAAUACAUCUCGCCCAGAUACUUCAGGGC